GCCGAGGUGACCGGCGGCUGGUGCGCUGCCCUCGCCUCCCCCAUUGUUCCCACUGUCUUUUUGCCUUUUGUUAUUUGCACUCGUAUUGUGUUGUUUGUCUCUGAAGCCGCCUCAUGACCAGCAAAGGGAUUUCACCUCGUCCUUGAGAGCAACACGGGGAGCGCGAGCGAGCGAGAGACGGGGAGAGAGGGACACGCGCGCGCGCGCACAUACACACACACACACACACACACACACACACACACACACCACACCACACAUCACACAGCGAAAAAGGCGAGCCACCAAAACCCAUCUCCAGUCUCCUCCCAGGGGCCCUCAGCCCGCCACUGUGCCACUUUGCAUCCCGCGCCAGAGGAGACAUUAACGAGACCGGAAGACCAAUUUUCAUCAGAAGUUUCAAGAACACAAUAUAUGAGUAUCACUUGUAGACUCCAAGAAGCAAUUCAGGCUUUUUAAUCAGUCUGUGGUGCAAAGACCCAUUUCAAGAGAAUCCUUAGAAGUCUUGGACAAACCUUCGCACAUGUGGCAGGUACUGUGCUGGCCAGUGGUCCACAGAUGAUGAAGAAUAUGUCCCUGCCCACAAGGAGCUAGCGAUCCACUGGGCAUUCCUCUUGCUGAUGACACGAUUCGUGUUUUAAUCUGUUGACAAGAUUCUGAGAGCUGAGCAGAGAAUUUUGGCACUGCACUGGUUAGAAAAAAGCUUUGCAGGAAAUAGAUAAUAUCAAGGACACCAGAAGUAGGAGAGAUUGGACUGGGAGACUCAGCAGAUUCAGUCCAACCAAUUCCGUUCUCAGCUUGAGUGGAGUCAUAUAUGGAACCUAAUCUCUUUAUAAAGGCUUGGAUCGAUUAUAUGCUGAGAAGGAUGUCUUCCAAGCGACCAGCCUCUCCGUAUGGGGAAGCAGAUGGAGAGGUAGCCAUGGUGACAAGCAGACAGAAAGUGGAAGAAGAGGAGAGUGACGGGCUCCCAGCCUUUCACCUUCCCUUGCAUGUGAGUUUUCCCAACAAGCCUCACUCUGAGGAAUUUCAGCCAGUUUCUCUGCUGACGCAAGAGACUUGUGGCCAUAGGACUCCCACUUCUCAGCACAAUACAAUGGAAGUUGAUGGCAAUAAAGUUAUGUCUUCAUUUGCCCCACACAACUCAUCUACCUCACCUCAGAAGGCAGAAGAAGGUGGGCGGCCGAGUGGCGAGUCUUUGUCCAGUGCAGCCUUGGGAACUCCCGAACGGCGCAAAGGCAGCUUAGCCGAUGUAGUUGACACCUUGAAGCAGAGGAAAAUGGAAGAGCUCAUCAAAAACGAGCCAGAAGAAACCCCCAGUAUUGAAAAGCUACUCUCAAAGGAUUGGAAAGACAAGCUUCUUGCAAUGGGAUCAGGGAACUUUGGCGAAAUAAAAGGGACUCCUGAAAGCCUUGCUGAGAAAGAGAGGCAGCUUAUGGGUAUGAUCAAUCAGCUGACCAGUCUGCGAGAGCAGCUCUUGGCUGCCCAUGAUGAGCAGAAGAAACUGGCUGCUUCUCAGAUUGAGAAACAGCGCCAGCAAAUGGAGCUGGCCAAGCAGCAGCAAGAACAGAUUGCAAGACAACAACAGCAGCUUCUGCAGCAACAACACAAAAUCAAUUUGCUUCAGCAGCAGAUCCAGCAGGUUCAAGGUCAGCUGCCGCCCUUAAUGAUUCCCGUGUUCCCUCCUGAUCAACGGACACUGGCUGCAGCUGCCCAGCAAGGAUUCCUCCUUCCUCCAGGCUUCAGCUAUAAGGCUGGAUGUAGUGACCCUUACCCUGUUCAGCUGAUCCCAACCACCAUGGCAGCUGCUGCUGCAGCAACACCAGGCUUAGGCCCACUCCAACUGCAGCAGUUAUAUGCUGCCCAGCUAGCUGCAAUGCAGGUCUCUCCAGGAGGAAAGCUCCCAGGCAUACCCCAGGGCAACCUCGGUGCUGCCGUGUCUCCUACCAGCAUCCACACAGACAAGAGCACAAACAGCCCACCACCCAAAAGCAAGGAUGAAGUGGCACAGCCACUGAACCUAUCAGCUAAACCCAAGACCUCUGAUGGCAAAUCACCCACAUCACCCACUUCUCCCCAUAUGCCAGCUCUGAGAAUAAACAGUGGGGCAGGCCCCCUCAAAGCCUCUGUCCCAGCAGCGUUAGCUAGUCCUUCAGCCAGAGUUAGCACAAUAGGCUAUUUAAAUGACCAUGAUGCUGUCACCAAGGCAAUCCAAGAAGCUCGGCAAAUGAAGGAGCAACUUCGGCGGGAACAACAGGUGCUUGAUGGCAAGGUUGCUGUUGUGAAUAGUCUAGGGCUCAAUAACUGCAGGGCAGAAAAGGAAAAAACAACACUGGAGAGUCUGACUCAGCAACUGGCAGUAAAACAGAAUGACGAAGGAAAAUUUAGCCAUGCCAUGAUGGAUUUCAAUAUGAGUGGAGAUUCUGAUGGAAGUGCUGGAGUCUCUGAAUCAAGAAUUUAUAGAGAAUCAAGGGGGCGUGGGAGCAAUGAACCCCACAUAAAGCGUCCAAUGAAUGCCUUCAUGGUGUGGGCUAAAGAUGAACGGAGGAAGAUCCUUCAAGCCUUUCCUGACAUGCACAACUCCAACAUCAGCAAGAUAUUGGGAUCACGCUGGAAAGCUAUGACAAACCUAGAGAAACAGCCGUAUUAUGAGGAGCAAGCCCGUCUCAGCAAACAGCACCUGGAGAAGUACCCAGACUACAAGUACAAGCCCAGGCCAAAGCGCACCUGCCUGGUGGAUGGCAAAAAGCUGCGCAUCGGUGAAUACAAGGCAAUCAUGCGCAACAGGAGGCAGGAAAUGCGGCAGUACUUCAAUGUUGGGCAACAAGCACAGAUCCCCAUCGCCACUACUGGUGUUGUGUACCCUGGAGCCAUUGCCAUGGCAGGAAUGCCCUCCCCUCAUCUGCCCUCAGAGCACUCAAGCGUGUCCAGCAGCCCCGAGCCCGGGAUGCCUGUUAUCCAGAGCACUUACGGCGUGAAAGGGGAGGAGCCACAUAUCAAAGAAGAGAUGCAGGCUGAGGACAUCAACGGAGAAAUGUAUGAUGAGUACGAUGAGGAAGAGGAUGAUCCAGAUGUAGAUUAUGGGAGUGACAGUGAAAACCAUAUUGCAGGACAAGCCAACUGAUAAGGGUCAAAAGAUUGUUGCAACCUUAGGACUUAAAGAAGCCCUAGCUGGUUCCUCCUUACCAGUGGCCAAGCACAUUAACUUUCUCAUACACUGACUGUUACUUUAACUGUUAGUCUUAACUAGUUGGGACAUCAGCUGACUAAUAGACCUCAGCCUCAAAAGGCUUGGAAAGGAAAAGAAAAUAUGACAAGAAAACGACAAUAUCAAAUCAAGAGAUUGAAAUAAGCUAUGGGUAAAAUAAUGCCAGUAAUUCAGCUGCUACAUCCAAGCACUGAAGUCUUACCCGUCAACUUUUUUUUUUUUUUUAAUAAACUUUAUGGCUGUUUGUUCUACAAUGUUCUAGAAAUUCUCACUCAGGUACACAGUGCCAACAAGUGGCUUGUGAAUGUGUUUUGUUGUUUUGUGCUACAAUUUUUAAAAAGAAAUAAGUUUUGUUUUGUUUGGGGGGGGGUCCUGUUUAUUUUUCUUUUCUCUUUCUUUUCUUUAUUUUUUUUUUAAUGC